AUGGGUAAAGUCGAAUGGACUGAUUUACCUGAAGAACUCGUCGAUUUAAUCGCUAGUCGUUCAUCUUCCAACACCGUUCUUCUCCGUAUCCGUAGCAUCUGUAAACCCUGGCGUUCUGCGGUUGCAACAAAAAAGCGUUUCAACCGCUUUAAACGUAACCUUCGUCCUUUCACUAAGAGGAUCAAAAAGACCGAACUAUUACCCUCCACUUUCUUCCGUGUAACUCAAGCUUCUUCUUCAUGUCCUAAAAAAGGAUGGUUGAUCAAAACCAGACAAAUCUCUGAAUCAAAGAUUAGUCAAUCUUACAACUUUCAAUGCUUGGACAAGGAGGAUAAAAUAUCACAUGAGUAUGAUUCGUCUAGAGUUGUUUUCGUAGACAAUCAUGUUUUCUUAAUCGACGAAAACAAGAAAAUCUGGUGUUGCAAGAGUGGAGAAGAAGGUAGUAGUAAUCAAUGGACAAGAAUCAAAAACGAAGAUUUUGGAGAAUUCUUGGACAUUAUUCUUCACAACGGACAAGUCUAUGCUUUAGAUUUAAAAGGUGCAGUUUGGUGGAUUAGUUUAUCUGAUCUCAAUAUAUCUCAAUACGGACCUUCAACUCCAACGGAGGAAUACUACGAGAUUGAUCACUGCAAAGACAAGAGACUCGUGGAAUAUUGUGGAGAUCUAUGCAUUCUUCAUCGAUUUUAUAAGAAAGUUACCGUAGAGUGGUAUAGUAUCCAUAAGACCUAUAAUAGGACCUAUAAUUUCAAGGUGUAUAAGAUGGACGAGGAGUUGGGGGAAUGGGUCGAGGUUAGUUCCUUGGAAGACAAGGCACUCAUUGUGGAUGAAGACAGUUGUUUUACGGUCUUAGCCUCUGAGUUCCAUGGGUGUUUGAAGAAUGCUGUCUACUUCUUUGACGAUGGAGAUAUAUAUGGAAUAUUGAAACUUGAUGAUCGUAGUAUCAUCAAUAUGACUGAUUCUUCUCCUCGUAGUUGUUUUCAGAUGUUUUCUUUUCCCUUUCUCUGA